AUGCCCUAUUUAUUCAUAUAUUCUAGCCUUGCUUCUAAUUUACUUUUGCUGCUCUUGGAUGAAUUAUCUCGCUUGAAGACCCAAUCUCGGAUUUCAUAUGAAUCUAGCAUUCCAAAACUUCGAGAAGAUCAUGAGCGGAACCAAUCGAGUUUUCUUCUUCGCUUUCCCGCAGAAAUACGUAACGAUAUCAUGGAGUAUUCUGUCACGCUGGAUCAUUAUGUUAAUCCCAUACCAGUCCAUGGUCAUCUAUCCGUCAAUAAAUUUGUAUGGGGUGGAUCUGAGUUGCGCAAAGGUAUACUGGAUGGACGCCGAGUCGGAAUUCUUUUUCCUACUGACGGUCCACUGGCUGUUGUCUCGCUUCAGCUCGCAUGUAGACAAUUGUAUCAUGAACUAGAUGGUGUAUUCUAUAGAGUCAACACCUUCCUAUUUCGGGACGCUAAAUGGUGCGAGCGAUAUUUAGCUGCUAUCACUGCCGAGAAACGACUUCAGAUUCGCCAUGUAGGCAUCGAUUUCUCCCAGAUCGACCUCUUCAAUGGACCCAUCAUAGACUACAUCGAAUUCCCCCUAGGUUUUCUUCCAAAGAGCCUGCUGGCAAUUUGCCCUCUUCUCGAACGAUUCAUCAUUCUUCUCGGGAACUGCCCUCCACCACACAUCUACAGGCCAUAUAUUAACCGUAGCCGGCUGACAGAUAGAGGUCUUCCGCCUGCCUACACUUCUUUUAGCUACGAACACCACAUGGUCCGCUGGCAGCACUGCGAUCGAUACCUUGCACAGACCUUGUGUCUAACUUCUCGAUUCGUGUCGUCUAUCGGGCAUCUUUUUGCGACUGGAAGGCUGAAGAAUUCGCCUCUAGCGAUUCCACAACUCGAAUUCGUUGUUUCUGGGUCUUCAUCUGUAACCGCACGAGUGAACGGCCAAGUGGGCCACAGGUCGAAUUCAAGCAGCUUCAAUAUUCAUAGACAAAACCUGGAAGCUAAUCUAGCUUGGGCAAAUCAGAAAAUGUGGGAGUUUAAAAAGCGACUGCGAGAGACACCAGCUGAAAGGGUCGUGAAUCACAGCAAGGAUAUAAAUAGUCUCACGUGGACCGACUCGAAUCGAAUACAACUAGGUCCAAUUCCCAACGUUGCUAGAUUCCGGCCAGCUCCCAAAUUAUCCGAGGAUGGAACGAAAAGCAGUUUUUUAUACGAUGCGAGUGGGCUCAUAGUGUGGAGUAAAAGUUCACUAGAGUAUAUUAGGGAUAUUUUAUGGCUGGAAAACGAAAUCAUGUGUUGCCUGGUGAAUAAUCCUCCCAACCAUGACAAGCCUAGCUUCGAGCCCAUCUGGCGGUUUGCGAGUCCGAAUGGUGUCAGAAAACUCGUUCAGUAUUAUUUUCGCCCUCGUCCUCGCCAGACUCAGCCGAACAUUAGUCAAUGGGAAGUAUUAAUGUUCGAUAUCCUGAAAGGGUAUCCCUCGCCGAGGGAUAUCGACAGAGUGCUCAAAGCCACGGGAAGGUUAGGUAAUAGUGAGGCAUCCAACAACGUGUAUGAGUCUUGGGAGCAGCUAGUCGCCAGUCAAGAUCGUUGUAUGCAGGUGUUCAAGCAACGACUUGCACAAUCUGAAGUGGCGUCAGGACUUUUGGAUAUUGAGGUAUGAUGCACGUUUGCCCCUCCACGCUAAGAUCUCUGAAAUUUUACGUAUUACAAUUUGUUGUUGCCAACCUCUGGCCAUCAUGAUAAAUGUCUUCCCCACCAUCACUCUAAUGAUUAGUCGUCCCCUUUCAAUGGUUAAUUAUUUCUUUUGUUAAGGUUGGAGGGACGGUCGUUAUUGCUUAGUAGUAGUUUAUCUAUAGUUUAGGGGUGUUUCGGGUUUACCCAAAGUUUACCCAAAUUUGUCAUUCGAUUAAAGCUUUCCCGACGCUAGAUACCUUCCUAGCAAUUAGAACAAUUUGCUAAACGCGACAAGUUUUGGUAUGCUACCACUAGAAGAUGCAGAAUUAAUCGACAUAUAUAGUAAACUCUUAGGCCCUGUUUUUCAUCUACUCAGACACCUUUACAAUACAAACAACAGCCUUUCACAUUCACGCAAAACUAUGCAGGAUCGUCAGCUCUCAGGAGUUACAAUUUCACAGGCAAUCCGUAAGCAUAGUCCCCGUGAAGAUGGUCACCAGACUGUGCUCGCUGCCAGGGCCCAGUAAAUUCCCCUGUCCGUGGGGUCUUCCCCGCAACAAGUUUGGAGGUGUUCAUGUGGCCCAUGGUGACAACGUUCCAAAAACAAGGAACGCU